GUUUUUUUAACUAAUUUAUUACUUACGGGGUUAAGGCAUAGUAUAGAUACUUAUUAUACAGAUAAUAGCUUUAGGCGUCUAGGGGGUAUAUUACGAGAUAUAGAUAUAGUUAAUACUACUUAUAUUAAGUAG